AUGAUCAACAGUAUCAAAAGCCGAGGAAAAGUCAAGAGCAAGAAGAAGACGGCCGAAAAAAAUUUUACCGUCACAAAAUAUGGAGUGGGCGGAGUCAACAGGCCGAACAUCAAGUCACGUGGUACAUUUUGUGGUUUUACUGCCCUACAUUACGCUGCCUAUCACGGACAUUUGGAAUGCGUGCAGAUGUUAUCAUCCCACGGAGCAUUGGUGGAACAGGAGCUGGGAGCCAGUCAGAAUAAGAUGACGCCACUGAUGAUCGCCUGCCAGAGAGGCCACUUCAGUGUCGCCAGGUGGCUCGUCCAAUCGGCCAGUGCUAAACCCGAUAAAAAGGAUAAGCUAAAACGCACAUCCCUGAUGUUGGCCUGCAUGAACGGACACGCCCACAUUCUAACCUACUUAUUACAUAUUGGUUGUGACUCAAAUGCUAAAGAUAGCUCUGGAAAUAGCCCACUUCAUUACGCUGUUGCAUACGGCUGGUACUUCUGCGUCAAGAUAUUGCUCAGUGUUGAUACCGUAUGUGAAGUUACUAACGAUUGGAAGCUCCACCAUCUGGCUGAGAACACGAACAAGUCCAAGGAGGAUGCUGUAUGUUGA